GGUAUGACAUCAUGAAAGGAAGAGCUUUGAAAUAGGAAAAAUUUGAGAGCAUAAUAAUGGAGACAAAAUAUUGUAAACAACCUUUUCACAUACUUUCUAUGGAAAACCUUGACAGUAGACAACCUGAAAGAAUGUCAAAAGAAACAAAACCAACGUCAUUUCAAACCAUUGUCAUUCAUUUCAACCUAACCAUGGCAAAGUAAACACAAAAUCUUUAGCAAAUUCGAUCACCAAACCAAUAUUCUUGUGAACAAAACCCCCAAUCAAAGUUAUGAUGAAGCCUGUAUAUUUGGAAACGCUGACAGCGAUCAAACUCCCAUGAUGAACCGGCCCGAAGACCAGAACUGGAUGGACAAUCUUGAGGGCAUGUGUAUACCCGAGGGUACGUUGAAGUUGGCCAGCAGUGCCUCGGAGCAGAACGUGUAUUUCACCUACGUCUGCUUGGUCAACGAUCUGAACCCAAACAACCUAUCGAAUCACCGACCCUCGUACCGGUACAUUGACGGAGAUCUUGAAGAAGUUGAUCAAGAAGAUGUGCCUAUCAGAGUGGAACGUUCAAAAGCUCUUCAUGAGUUGGUCGAAAGCCACCGUAAUGAUUACGAAAUAGAAGAAAAGAAAUACACUGGUGCUCAGUCAUCUACUGCUCAUCAAACCACAACAUCAUUUGAAAGUGACACAUCAGAAAAUGAAGACACAAUCAAUUUCAACACUGCCAACCCAAACGUUCUUAAAUUAACCAAAAUGAAAUGGCUGACUGAAGAGCAAGAAGGAUCUCCAGAUUCCAGUUCACCAUCGAUCUCCCCCAACAUGUCUUCCACAAGCACCUGCAGCCGGGAGUCUGAUGACCACCUCUCCCAUACCAGCGUUGGAGACAAGUACCUUUCCACCAUCCUCCGCCUUGAUAGAGAGCAUAACAUGUUUGGCCUGUCGAACAUCGCAAUCGUGGGGUCCAGACCUUCGAGGAAGAUGAAGAAAGAGGAUGACAAGCCAGUGUUCCCUCAGACCGCGAUCGUUCAAGUCUGCUGUGGUACUGGUUGCUGCAGACAUAGGAGCAAAACAGAUCUGCCCUCAUCUCUCAAGUGCGGAGGAUGCAAAAGCUGCUGCGUUGAUCCCUUUUGUCCAACUUGCAUUGGGCCAUGUGAUCCACCCUGCAGUGAUCCAUCACCAUGCCCACCAAUGUGCUCAUCCUGCCCAAGAGGAAAUUGUACCUGUAAGAUACCUUGUCCACCUUCGAAGUGUUUCGUGGACUGCACUACGUGCUACGGCAUGAAGGUAACGGUACAUCGAAAACCCAAGUUCGAUCCCGUCCAAGUGGAACUCACUCCACGAUCUAGCUGCGUACUUCAUAAGCCGUUCGCAGCGCGCUCAUGCCACCACCUACCCCGCUGCAUCCCACCCUCCUCCUGCUUCCCGUACCUCAUGCCGUGCUUCUGGCCCGCGAGACCCAGCGCUCCCUGCAGCGUGCCAGCUCGGUGCUUCCACAACCCGCCCUGCUUGGCUCCGAGGAAGAAAAGACCGCCUGGACAGAAUAUGCCGACGACUUGCCCUCCUGGAAAAUGUGAGGAUGCAGCCAAAGGCACCAAGUGCCCUAACCAGUUAUGCCCUGGGAAAAGUCCCCAAUUCAAGCAAGGCCUAGAAAGCAAAUUCGGGAAGUAAAAUGAGAUGGUGAAUUCUGAAGAAAAUAUUCAAGAAGCCGUAUAUUCUGGAAAAUGUGAUAAAUCGUCGCAAAGUGGAUUUCUCGGUGAAGA